CGAAACAUCCUGAGCGGUGCUAGGUGUCCCUGAAAAGGCCGGGAUUUGCCUCGGAUGCCUCCAGCGUCCCGAUCCUCUGCUCACCCUCCAACUCAACCCCACGUCCACGGGUAGAUAUUCUCGAAGCCCCUCCCCCUCCCUCAUCUUUCGCUAUCCCGCCCCAGAAUAUCAUCCAGCAGCUUUGGAUGACCUCGGCACCCGUCAUCGUUUGAUCCAUUGCACCUCUUACCGGACAACGGUUCCGUCCUAACUCCCUCCAUACCAAUCCGUUGUGGGGUUUAAGCGCGGCUCUUGAGCGUCACUCCGCCCCUCUGCGACCGAAUCGGUAGUCAAGCGCUCCGAUAUUGCGCGCAUGCGAUACCUUGAGUGCCAUGGCUGUGGAACAGGGCCCCCAUCUCGAGUCGCGCGGCAAUGACGCCAAAGACGCCCCUCGAGAUGUCUCGGUGCACAGCGGCGACGAGGAGUCGUCCCUCAACAAGGACGUGCUGGCCUUGGACGACUUGGACCCCGCCAUGAGCCGGAAGAUGCACCUGGUGAACAACGCUAUUGACGAGCUCGGCUGGACGCCCUAUCACACCAAGCUGUUCUUCCUCAAUGGCUUUGGAUACGCCGUGGACUCACUGAUCCUCCUCCUGCAGUCCGUCAUCGCCACGCCGGCCUUCACCGAGUUUGGCGAGGUGGGGUACGCCAAGGCAUUGACGAUCGCGGUGUACUCCGGCAUGCUCUCGGGGGCGUUGUUCUGGGGCCUCGGCGCGGACAUCAUCGGCCGCCGCUACGCCUUCAACCUGUCCCUCCUGAUCUGCUCCGCCUCCGCCAUCAUCGCCGGUGCCAUGCCGAGUUGGGCGUCGCUGGGUGUCUUCAUCGCACUGAUCGGCUUCGGCGGUGGCGGGAACCUCGUGCUGGACACCACCGUCUUCCUCGAAUUCUUGCCUGGCGACAAGCAGUGGAUGGUAACCGUCAUGGCUGCUUGGUGGGGCUUCGGCCAGGCCAUCACCGGCUUCUUCGCCUGGGGCUUUCUGGUCCCUGAGAAGUGGAACUGCCCCUCGGUCGAUACUUGCACCAAAGACAACAACAUGGGCUGGAGAUACGUCAUGUUCACGAGCGGCGCCCUCGUCUUCGUCAUGUCGAUCCUCCGCCUGACGGUAGUCCGCCUGAGAGAGACGCCGAAGUACCUUCUCGGUCUGGGCGAGGACGCCAAGGUGGUCGACACUUUCCAGGCCUUGGCCGCCAAGUACAACCGCCCAUGCAGCCUGACCCUCGAGCAGCUCGAGGCGUGCGGAGUGGUGACGACGGCCCACAGCAAGAACCGCUUCUCGUUUGCCGAAACGCUCAUCCACCUCCGUGGGCUGUUCUCGACGCGCAAGACCGGCCUGUCGACCGUCAUGAUCUGGCUCUCGUGGGCCAUGGUCGGGCUCGCCUACCCGCUCUUCUACGUCUUCCUGCCCACCUACCUCGCGACGCGCGGCGCCAGCCUCUCCGUCUCGACCUACGACUCGUGGCGCAACUACGCGCUGACCAACAUCAGCAGCAUCUUCGGCCCCAUCCUGGCCGGCUGGAUGUGCAACCUGCCGCUGUUCGGCCGGCGGUACACGAUGCUGAUCGGCGCGCUGAUGACGGCCGCCUUCUUCUUCGCCUACACGGCGGUGCGCUCCGCCGCCCAGGACGUCGGCUUCUCGUGCGCCAUCGGCUUCUGCCUCAACGUCUACUACGGCACGCUGUAUGCGUACACGCCCGAGGUGCUGCCGAGCGCCCACCGCGCCACCGGCAACGGCGUCGCCGUCGCUUGCAACCGCGUCAUGGGCAUCCUGUCCGCCGUGAUUGCCACCGUGGCCGACACGUCCACGCCCGUGCCCAUCUACAUCUGCGGCGCGCUGCUGGUUGCCAUGGGCCUGGCCGCCGCUGUGUUUCCCUUCGAGCCGUACGGUCGGAGGAGCUCGUGAGGGAUGUCCGUGUCCGGCUAGCUGCCCGAGCUGCCCACAGAGCGUGUGGGCGGCGGAGAGGCGCGUCGUCAGGAUAGCGGAUAGCCUGGAAGGAUUAACUAUAGCCGCCCGCUCUUGGCUGCCACCCAAGCCUUUUAGAGACUGGGAUCGAGACUAUGUCCUCGGCAAUGAAGGGACGGGAUUUUUUCUCCGUCAAGAUACCCAAAUAGAGACCUAGAGGUGUUCAAUCGGCCAAAAUGGCAUUGUUCGCCAUCU